CUCUCGAAAGGAACAUUUUAGUAGUAAUUGGAACACCACGACCUUUAAAAAGGUUUCUGUUUUGCGCUUUGAAGUGAAGUUUCACUCAAGAAGUUUAGAGAAGUUACCUUACAUGGCUUUGUUAUAACCUUCGUCUAAGGAAGUACUCUUUUCAAGGUAACGAGCUAAUUUCUUUUACGUAACCAACCUUCGAAGUCCACCCGCGCAGUCUAGAUUGUCAGUUGCCGAAGUUAUUGUCAAACAAACCAACAAUGCAAAAGUCCAGCGCAUCAGAAUCCAUACCAACUUCUGCAACACACCAUACUCGAGAAGAAAAUAAGCCUCGCAGGUCUCCUCCUCCUCUUGUGUCUAUGGACGGAACUCGUAGGGACUCGCUGGUGGGGCUUCAAAGACUUGUUUACAGCUCACAAAUAUUUACACAUUCACGAACAUCGCACGAGGAUCCCCGCCCUGUUGCGAACAUUGGCGAGAACAUGGUGGAAGUCAAACCAGGCCCAAGACCUGCUCAUUCCCAGACCCGACCUAGUCUCCCCAGCCCAAAACCCAAGAGAAGCAGGACUUCGUUCACGCCGACGCAGUUAGAGCGACUUGAAGAGGAAUUUUCAGUGGAUAUGUACGUGGUUGGUUUAAAGAGAAUGAAGCUGGCAAACGAGUUAAGCCUGUCGGAAAGACAAGUUAAAGUCUGGUUUCAAAACAGGAGAAUGAAGUACAAAAGGGAGAGAGCUAAGUCCAGAUCAGACGGAGGAAAAUGAACUAAGCGGUGUCAACUGUUCGCUACUAGUUCUACCAUAUUCAACUAAUAAUCACCAUGUAAAUACCUUAUAUUACAUAAAAUAUACGGCGCGUGUUACCUGAAGCGUGCAGUUAUAACGGAUCGACUUUCUGACAUUUUCUUCGAUUUUUGCUCAUAUUUCUUGAUUUAUUACAAAAUAGAAUUAUGGGAAAAACUACUAAGUGGAAAGAAAGUCACAUUAAAAACUGUAUUUCGUAUAUUAACUGCUACUACUUUACUGUCAGCAGUUCUUACAAAAGUAUAACUACGUUUAAUCUACACUCGCAGGACAAGCAGAGCUGGCUCAAAACACGCGACGUAAAUGGGCGCUUUUCUGCAAACAGUAAAGAAGUUAUGUAUUGUCAUGCCACCGCCCCUGCAUUUUUCCUGGGGACGACGCACAUAAGCAUUAGUUAACCGUACAGUAGUCCGUUCUUGAUUAAUGAAUCACGUUUGAUUUACAAAAAAUCACAAGCAAACAAUAACGCAAGGGGGCAAGCACACCACCAGCUAGUUAUCGAUAGCUACAUCGACUACCCUCUGAGGGAUGACGAGAGCAAAAUGUAUUUCCCACAAUAAUUUUUUUCGUAUUCUUUACGAAACAAACCACUUGAGAACGUCCGUCUAUAUGUUACUAAAGAUGCAAUCAUUAAUACGAUAUGCUUUUGUAUGCAAAAAUUGAUUUGAUUCAAAUGCCUAAAAAAUGUUGAGUUGAGCAAAUACGACAGCUCAGCCGCCGAUCAUCACUGUUCAUGUAAUAUUAUUCCAGUUUCAGUACUUCAAAGUAAAAUAGAAGCAAUACAAUAA